AUGAUGUGCUUCGGCCAGAUCCUUUGUGCCAUCUGCAACGGCCAUCCGUCAUGGGAUGACGAUCGCUUCCGCGAGUACCAGUCAGUUCUGCAUGUGGAAAGUGGUGUUGUGUGUCGCAAGCUUGAAAGCAAACGGACGUGCAAGCAUACGGGCCCGCCAGUAUACUAUCAUCUGUCCGUAAACGACGACCCCCACCGGCUAGGAGACGAUCCCCACCCGGUAGGAGACGACCCCCACCGGCUAGGAGACGACCCCCACCGGCUAGGAGACGACCCCCACCGGCUAGGAGACGACCCCCACCGGCUAGGAGACGACCCCCACCGGCUAGGAGACGAUCCCCAUCGGGUAGAAGACGAUGAUUUCGUGGAAGAGGCUUUGAACGCGGAGGCUUUGCAUCGAGAGGUUUUGAAUCAAGAGAGCCCAGAGCGCCUGUGUCAAUUGAAUGUGUUUCUCCAAAGUCUGCCCUCCCCUUCCGCCGAUGUUUUCUUGAGACCCUUUUUCGCGACACGUGAAUCUUCUCUCCCGGUUGCUCGCACGGAGUCCAGACGAGUGCUCCCGCCAGCACAGGUCGGUUUUCAGAUUUGCAUCCUCGUUGGAAAGGCUGGUUACCUCUCGGACGAUGUUGUACUGGACCUUUUACUCAACCAAGUACAGGUGCGGUACACCAGCGACAUCCGCGAGGCGCUCCACUUAGCCGCAAGGUACCUGCAAGUGUGGGACGCUCUCCAAGACGCCAAAAAAAGACCGGAUGCCAAACCCAAACUGUUACGGAUCCAUGACGACCCUGCAAGCAACAUCUGGGUAAACCAACUCAUGUGCAUUACGGGGAUCAGCAAACAUGUCGCGAUGAAACUCAUUUCAAAAUGGCCCACCUGCUCAAGUCUUGUGCGGGAUCUCGCACACACAACGCCGGAUACUCUAGCUAAGGUUACUAUCGAUGGGAAAUGCAUAGGGAAACUCGUCGCUUCCCGGUUGUGGCGACUCUUCUCUCCCGCCGCCAAUCAAAAUGAAAAGCUUAUUGUCUAG